GGAAGAAGAACUCUCCUCUCCGAGAAGAUACAUAACGAAGCGGUUGGAAGAAGAUGAAACUAUUCGACGCGCACUGUCACCUUCAAGACCCGAGGAUUAUCACCAAAGCUCCUCAGAUAAUCUCCUCCGCCGUUGCUUCCGGCGUCUCUGCCUUCGCCGUCAAUGGAGUCUCCGAGAAAGAUUGGAAUUUGGUCAAAGAGAUGGGAGCUAAAUACCCUUCUGUUGUUCCUUGCUUUGGGAUCCAUCCAUGGUAUGUAGCAGAGAGGAGUCCUCGAUGGUUUGAGACAUUGAAGAGUUUGUUUGAGACUACUCCUACUGCUGCUGUUGGAGAAAUUGGUCUGGAUAAAGGGUCUAAGGGAAGGGAGAUUGAUUUCUCAGAACAGGUUACAGUGUUUCGUCAACAGCUCGAACUUGCAAAGGAAUUGAAUAAACCCGCGUCAGUUCAUUGUGUCCGUGCAUUCGGGGAUCUACUGGAGAUAUUAAAAUCUGUGGGGCCUUUUCCUUCUGGUGUCAUGCUUCACUCGUAUCUAGGUUCUGCUGAGAUGGUUCCUGAAUUUGCUAAGGUCGGUGCAUAUUUCUCCUUCUCCGGUUUCCUUAUGUCCAUGAGUGAGAAAAAAGCCAAGAAGAUGUUGAAAGCAGUUCCAUCUGAUAGGAUCUUAUUGGAAACUGAUUCACCAGAUGCACUACCAAAGGCAGAGUUAGGUUCUCUCUACUUCGUAGACGGAGAUCCUUCUCUACCCGAAGAAGGAAAUUCAGCUCAGGAUCUUGAUUCUGCCUCAAAUGAUAAGUCUAAUGUGUCUAGUGACUCGACGAAGUUGCCAAAGGAAACACUUAAUCAUCCGGCUAAUAUUCAUAUGGUACUCGGGUAUGUAGCGCGGUUGUUGGACAUGAAGAAUGAAGAACUCGCAGAACUAAGCUACCAGAAUGCUGUUCGGUUAUUCUCUUACGAAGGUUCGAAGAUGCUUCUUGAGAGAGGUACUGGUGAUGUCUCUGGUCACAAUCAAAACCAUUCAACAACACAUGAAAUGUUAGCAAAGAGAUCGUCGAAAGUGAGCUCAUUACUCGAGCGAAACGAGAUCGAUGAGCUGCGUUUGAUCCUACGAGAUUUAGAAGUCGAUCCAGAAACCUUUGAGCUCGUUGAAAGAUUCUGUAAUGGCUGUGAAUUCAAGUUUACGUCUGAUACCAUCGUCUCUGUUCUCUGCAUCGCGUAUUACUUAGGGAUGAAUGAAGAACAAAGCUCUAAUAACUUGUUGGGCAAGGCAUCUGAGUUCUUAGAGCAACGAGUUUUUCCGAGCUGGAGUGAGACAGUAAAUGCUCUUCGUUCAGGGGACAAGAGUUUCGACAAGCUAACUGAUGUUGGACUCGUUGAUCUCUUCUUUGAUUCCCUUAUUGAAAAAGCUUCCUACGAUCCCAGACUCCUUGGUGAACUGAUCAAGAACAGAGUGGAAACCGAUGAUUAUAGACCUAACCCUAGGAGACGAUUGUUUGUUAUAGAUUGGAAAUCGGAAGAUUUGAUCACAAUUCCGCUUCGGUUAUAUGAACCUUUGAUGAUCCGAGCAAUUAAAUCCCGCAGCAUUCCCGUGGAAUACAUCGUUUUAUCGGUCUGUAAAUACGCGAAGAAAUGGGUUUUCGAUGCGGAAGAAAGCCUUUCAGGGCAAAAAAAAGAAGCAAUUGAAGCGGUUGAGAGGCUUCUGCCACAUCAAAGGGGGCUAAUAUCUUGUGAACUCUUAUUCGAAUCGCUAAAGCAUUCGAUCUGGUUAGAAGCCAACUCCGAAUGUCGAAAUGGAUUCAUGAUCAGAAUCUGCAAGCAGCUCGACAUGGCUAAAUCAACAGAUCUCAAGAUUCUAUCCCGAGGAUACGGAGAAAAAGCUGAGGGUUUCGAAAAUAUCGAGCUCGUUAAAACCGUGGUAAAGAGCUUUUACACUUACUACGCCAAUGAAGACUCUGAAAAUGUUUCACAUUUCGUGAAAGUAGCAAAACUGUCAGAAGAAUUUCUGUUCUUGGCUGCGAGUGAGGCUUCUCUGAAGCUCGAGGCGUUUGUGGAGUUAGCGGAGAUGACUGUGGCUAUUUCGCAAGGUAUUUUGAGCUACUCAGAUGGGAUUUACAGAGCUAUUGAUGUAUUCUUGGAGAGCCACAGAUACUUAACUGAAUCAGAGAAGAUGGAAGUUUGUAAAGUUCUUGAAUGUAGUAAACUCUCUCAAGAAGGAUGCGAGCGAGCCGCCAAAAACCAGAAGCUUCCUCUUAGAAUCGUUGUUCAAGUUUUGUUUGUUUCUCAGCUUCAGAUACGUGAUACAGUGGCUAAAGAGAUUAAGGGUAUGGAAAAGAAAGUAGAUGAAGAAGAAGAAGAAGAAAUUGGCGUUUCGAGCGAUGAAGAUGAGAUUGAGAAUGAUGAAUGUGUUGUUCAUCGUUGGAAGAAGAAGAAGAAGAAGACAAGUGUGUGGGGACAAGUGAAGAGGAAGUUUGGUUGCUUGACUUCUUCUUCUUAUUCAGUUGAUGCUUGCACCUGUGAUGUCAAGAAGAAGAAGAAGAAGAUUCAUCAUCACUACAUAUAACUAAAAUAAAACUACUCUGUCUCUGUUUUUUGUUUAUUACAUUGGGUCCAUGGUCCUCUUCUUGUUCAUGCUCUGUUUCUGACAUUGGAGAAAACUUUUAUCAGGUUCUGUUUUUUGGGGUGUGUGUGGUUACUGAUCUCUUAUAAUUCAUCAAAAAUCCAUAAGCAUAACAAAGUUAAAGCUACAAC